CCAACGUCUUGCCUUUUUGAGUGACACCUAACGCAGAAUAUCUUAGCCCACCCUUCACCACCACCACCUCCUCCUCCUCCUCCUCCACCGCCACCGUCACCGCAGGUACGAUCAUCGCUUCUCACUCUGUUGCCAAAGAUGGAAAUCAUAACGAGGAGGAGCUAGAAGCCCUAGUUUUAGAUCUCCAUUGAGCAAUCUUGAAAAAGAUUGUGUUUCUCUGUAAAUGAAUACCAGUGCAAUCUUUUGAUAUCAUCACAACUCUUUUCAAUCUCAAAGCUGCAUUUCUUGUGUAGUCUAAGAUGAGUUGGCCCUGGAAGAAGAAGUCAUCUGACAAGGCGGGAGCCGAGAAAGUAGUUGCUGCAUUAGAGUCUGCUGGUGUUUCUUUCACUUCAGCUGGAUCUCAGGGCAAUCAGGAGAAUUACAAAAAGCCAACCUAUGUUCAAAUUUCUGUGGAGUCAUAUUCGCAUUUGACUGGGUUGGAGGAUCAAGUGAAGACAUAUGAGGAUCAAGUUCAAAAACUGGAGAAUCAAAUUACGGAAUUGAAUGAAAAGCUAUCUGAAGCCCAUUCUGAGAUGACUACUAAGGACAAUUUGGUGAAGCAGCAUGCUAAAGUUGCUGAAGAAGCUGUCUCAGGUUGGGAGAAGGCUGAAGCAGAAGCUUUGGCAUUGAAAAAUCAUCUGGAAUCUGCAACACUUGCAAAGCUUACUGCUGAGGACCGGGCAUCGCAUUUGGAUGGAGCUCUCAAAGAGUGCAUGCGGCAGAUACGGAACCUCAAGGAAGAACACGAGCAGAAUUUGCAUGAUGUGGUUCUUGCCAAAACCAAGCAGUGGGAGAAAAUUAAGCUUGAGCUUGAAGCAAAGAUGGGUGACCUAGAGCAAGAACUCCUCAGGUCUGCUGGUGAAAAUGCCACACUUUCCAGGACAUUACAGGAGCGUUCUAACAUGCUACUCAAGAUGAGUGAAGAAAAAUCACAAGCUGAAGCAGAGAUUGAGCUUUUGAAGAGCAAUAUUGAGUCAUGUGAAAGGGAAAUCAAUUCACUUAAAUAUGAACUCCAUUUAGUUUCCAAAGAGCUGGAAAUCCGUAAUGAGGAGAAGAACAUGAGUAUUCGGUCUGCAGAAGUAGCCAACAAGCAGCAUUUGGAGGGUGUAAAGAAAAUAGCUAAGCUUGAGGCGGAGUGUCAAAGAUUACGUGGCCUUGUUCGAAAGAAGUUACCUGGUCCAGCUGCACUGGCCCAAAUGAAGCUAGAAGUUGAGAGUUUAGGCCGAGAUUAUGGAGAAACUAGACAAAGGAGGUCUCCUGUUAAGCCUCCUAGUCCACACCUGUCCCCAUUGCCAGAAUUUUCUAUUGACAACAUCCAGCAAUGUCAUAAAGACAAUGAGUUUCUCACUGAACGAUUAUUGGGAAUGGAAGAAGAAACAAAGAUGCUGAAAGAAGCUUUGGCAAAGCGUAAUAGUGAAUUGCAGGCUUCAAGGAAUAUUUGCGCCAAGACAGCUAGCAAGCUUCAAAAUCUAGAAGCACAGCUGCAAAUGAAUAAUCAACAAAAAAGUCCUCCAAAAUCUAAUCUACAGAUACCCAAUGAUGGUUCCUUGAGUCAAAAUGCAAGCAAUCCACCAAGCAUGACCUCAAUGUCUGAAGAUGGAAAUGAUGAUGCAGUUAGUUGUGCGGAAUCUUGGGCUACCGGGUUAAUCUCUGGGCUCUCCCAAUUCAAGAAGGAAAAUGCAAAUCACCUCGAGCUUAUGGACGACUUUUUGGAGAUGGAGAAGUUGGCUUGUUUGUCAAACAAUUCUAAUGGAGCCUUCUCUGUUAACAAUAAGAGAUCUGAAGCUGAGGACCAUGGUGCCAUAGCAGAAGUCACUAGUAGUAAAGAUCUUCAGUUGGAACAGAAACAUGAUUUGGAUUCAUUGGCCAAUCAGGUGUCUUCUAAUGCAGAAUUGUCAGAAGUAAAUCCUCAAUCUGAUAAGGAUCUGCUUCCUUUGACAAAGCUCCGAUCAAGAAUCUCUAUGGUCUUUGAGUCUGUAUCAGAGGAUUCUGACACAGGGAAAAUUUUGGAGGAGAUCAAGCGUGUUCUACAGGACACACAUGAUACCCUGCAUCAGCACUCUGUAAGUUGUGUUGUCGAGGAAAUACACUGUUCUGAUGCUACAUGUGAUAGGCAGGCUUGUCCUGAGGAUGCUGGUGUGACAGCUGAAAGGGAGAUCUCUUUGUCCCAAGAUUGUAAACCAGGGACUGACACCAUGCAUAUUAUAAGCCAAGAAUUGGCAGCUGCCAUUUCUCAGAUUCAUGAAUUUGUGCUGUUUCUGGGCAAAGAAGCUAUGGCAAUCCAGGGCGCAUCCCCUGAUGGAAAUGGAUGGAGCCGAAAAAUUGAGGACUUCUCUGCCACCGUUAAUAAAGUUCUUUGCAGCAAAAUGAGUGUGAUCGACUUUAUUUUUGAUCUUUCUAAUGUUCUGGCUAAAGCAAGUGAACUCAACUUUAAUAUUCUGGGGUAUAAAGGUGCUGGAGAAGAAAUCAAUAGUUCAGAUUGCAUAGACAAGGUUGCUUUACCAGAGAAUAAGGUUGUUCAAAAGGACACCUCAGGAGAGAGGUAUCCAAAUGGUUGUGCCCACAUUUCCGAUUCCACUUCUGAUCCAGAGGUGCCUCAUGAUGGGAAUUUAGUCCCAGGCUUUAAGUCUAAUGCUGCAUCAUGCAACUGCUCAUUGGAGGAGUUUGAACAAUUGAAAUCAGAGAAAGAUACCCUGGAAAUGCAUCUAGCUAGAUGUACUGAAAAUCUGGAGAGCACAAAAUCACAAUUACAGGAAACAGAGCAGCUUCUGGCAGAAGCUAAAUCACAAUUGACAUCUGCUCAAAAAUUGAACAGCUUGGCUGACACACAGUUGAAAUGCAUGGCAGAAUCAUACAGAUCGCUUGAAACACGUGCGGAGGAGUUGGAAACUGAAGUAAAUCUUUUGCGUGGAAAAACUGAGACUCUGGAAAGUGAGCUUCAAGAGGAAAAGAGAAGUCAUGAGAAUGCUUUGAUCAGAUGCAAGGAUCUGCAAGAGCAAUUAGAAAGGAAUGAGGGUUGUUCUGUAUGUGCAAUGUCUUCAGCGGCUGAUAUUGACGUCAAGACCAAACAGGAGAGAGAAUUAGCGUCUGCUGCAGACAAGUUGGCAGAAUGUCAAGAAACCAUAUUUCUUCUUGGCAAGCAAUUGAAAGCCAUGCGUCCUCAAACAGAUCUCCUGGGAUCCCCUCAAAGUGAGAGAAGUCAGAGAGUUGAAGUCUUCCAUGAAGAUGAACCCACCACUAGUGGCAUGAACUUGCAAGACAUUGAUCAGGUUGACACAGAGAGUACUGCCUCAAUCAAUGUGCACAGAAUAGGUGGUGAGUCCCCCCUGGAGCUAUACAACACACCACGCAGCCCAUCUGAAACUGAAUCAAACCUCCUCUUGAGAUCCCCAAUCGGUUCAAAGCAUCCAAAGCACAGGCCCACCAAGUCAAAUUCUUCCUCUUCUGCCCCGACCCCUGAGAAACAGUCACGGGGUUUCAGCAGAUUCUUUUCAUCAAAAGGAAAAAAUGGCCAUUAGGCUUGCAGCUUGCAGGCUUAAUUGCGGCUUCUUGGUUGAUAAGGCCAUCUAAUAAUAGUCAAAAGCAGGGAAUGUGAAAUUAAGUUCUGUAGAUAAGGAUCAGCAUCCUCUUCAACCAGCAGUGCCCCGAAUUUUCAGAAGGUAAUUCAUUGAACAUAUCUUUCAAAUUGGCUUUGAAUUUCAUGUUGCGUGGAAGAGGAUGAGUUUUGCCUUAUCAUAAUAUGGUGUUCAGCCUUUGAUCGGGAGACUUGUAGUCUACUUGCACAUAAUGGCAUCCCGAUUGAAAGCAUAGAAGCCACCUUUGUGUUGGAUCAGACUUAUAUAUCAGAAUUUGGAGUCCUCUCUUAUUCGUGGGAUGCGAUGAUAUGGUUCUGGGAGGCUCCAGUUGUGAAGCUGCUUUUGCUUGGUUUCUUACUUAAAGGUAAAUUUUGUAACAAGUGGCUGUAUAUCACCCCUAUAUCUGUUAAUUUGUUCUCUCUUCCCAUCCACCUCUCUGUACUGGACCUAAUUGUUAUUUUGUUUAAUUGAAUAUGACAGUUUUUUAAACCGA